GUUUCUUGUAUUUCAUCUCAUUAUUAUAUAGUUUAAUUUUUGUAGUUUUCUGUUGGGGCAAGAAAUUGUUGAAAAGGAGUUUAAGAAAGAAAAAAAUAAUACGAAUUUCAAGAAAGGGUUGAAAUGGGUUGCCUCUGAUCUAGGGUACUCAAGUUUUAUGUGAAAAAAGGGUACCCUCUUUCUCAAAGUUUUCUUGUGAUUCUUUGCACUUGGUUGGGCUGUUGUGCCUUCCCAGGCUUCUUUCACAUGACCCUUUUUUGCCUUUUUUCCUUGUCUUUCUUGUGCAUGAUUUUCUGAAUUUAUGUUCUUGGAGUAGAAGAUUUUGGGGUUGUGUAUUUGAUUGUGGAUAAGGAAGGGUCCAGAGAAGAUAUAAAUGAGGGUCAGAUAUGUCUGACCUUUAUGUAUUUUGUUUCCCACAAUUGGUUGUUGGUGUUAACUUUUUUUGGUUUUACCAGAUCUGACUGCCAAUUCCCAUUUUAAGCAUCUUCUUGAUUGAGACUGCAGCAGUGUAAACGUGAUUUCCAGACUUUCUUGAUUUACUUUGAGAUCUCCUUAGUAUGGAGAGUGGUCUGUGGAAGCCAUUGGUUCAUGUUUCAGGGUUAUUAUUGAUAAUUAAGGGAGGUGGUGGUGAAUUAGCUUAACAAUGACAGGUUGUGUGCUUCUAGAGGGGCUGGAUGGUAACUUUUAUUGCACCUUAGAUAGCGAUUUCCAUGGACGAGAUGUAUCAGGCGGUUGUGGUGCCAUUUAGAUUAGGUAACUUCAUCUGUGAUAACCAAAUUGUGGGAGGUCAUAUGGAUGUCACUAGGCUAAAGGUGAUGGGUGACACUCCGAGUUUAUUUUCUGAUGAUAACGGGGCUAAAAGUUCUGAUCAGCUUCCUGCUGGCAAUGACGACUCCAACUGUGGUGAUUCCGAGAGUGACCUUAGCAUCACAGUUUCGACGAUUCCUGAAGAGAAUCGGAGCGAAGGGGCUAUGACAUCUGAAAAUGAAAGCAACUGGAUUGCUAGCGAUGCUGUUGCCCGGGAGAGUGAGGACGAUGAUUACUUAUCGCUCGAGGGUGAUCCGAUUCUCGAUAGCUCCUGUUCCCUCUCGGUGGUGAGCGAUUCUAGUAGCGUGUGCAAUGAUGAUUUGUUGGCCGAGAUAGCAUCUGAGAUAGAAGCACAGAAUUUUAUAGAUGUCGAGAGAAACAUCUGCAAUAUUGAACUUGUCUCGAGGAGUGGAAAUUUAGAAGAAUCAAAUGACGAGAAGAUUGUCGGUGACGCUCUGGCAGUUGCAGCCAGCCCUACAGAAGGGAGUACGGACGGGUCCAGUUCGAAAUCAUCUGCAGUAGUUCAGCUGCCUUUGGAUAAAGGAUCGAGUGCAACAGUGGGUCGCAGUGUUUUUGAAGUGGAUUAUGUGCCGCUAUGGGGACAUACCUCUGUGUGCGGAAGGCGACCAGAAAUGGAAGAUGCGUUUGCAACAGUACCAAGGUUCUUUAAAAUUCCCAUAGAGAUGCUAAUUGGUGAUCGUGUUCUUGAUGGAAGUACUAGGCGUUUAAGUCAUUUGACUGCUCAUUUUUUUGGAGUCUAUGAUGGUCAUGGAGGCUCUCAGGUUGCAAAUUAUUGUCAUGAUCGAAUUCACGCUGCAUUAGCUGAAGAGCUGGAAAUUAUUAUGGCUGAAUUAAAUGAUGAAAAUGCUAAGCAUAAUUGCCAAGAGCAAUGGACAAGGGCAUUCAGCAAUUGUUUUCUGAAGGUCGAUGCUGAAGUUGGAGGGCAAGGUGGUCAUGAACCCGUUGCCCCAGAAACCGUGGGCACUACUGCUGUUGUUGCCAUUGUUUGUUCGUCUCACAUAAUUGUGGCGAACUGCGGUGAUUCGAGAGCUGUUCUCUGUCGGGGGAAAGAACCCAUGGCAUUAUCGGUGGAUCAUAAACCAAACCGAGAGGAUGAAUAUGCAAGGAUUGAAGCAGCUGGCGGGAAAGUAAUACAAUGGAAUGGACAUCGUGUCUUUGGUGUUCUUGCAAUGUCAAGGUCCAUAGGAGAUAGAUAUUUGAAACCUUGGAUUAUUCCUGAUCCGGAAGUGAUGUUUAUUCCUCGCACUAAAGAUGAUGACUGCCUGAUUCUGGCCAGUGAUGGUUUAUGGGAUGUAAUGACAAAUGAAGAAGUUUGCGAUUUGGCACGUAAGCGCAUACUCCAAUGGCAUAGAAAGUACGGUGUGACUCUCCCCUCGGAGAGAGGUGAAGGAACCGAUCCUGCAGCUCAAUCAGCAGCUGAGUACCUAUCAAACCGAGCUCUCCAAAAGGGCAGCAAGGACAACAUAACCGUGAUUGUGGUGGACUUGAAACCUCAACGAAAGGUUAAGAACAAAACCUGACCAUAGCUUUUAUCUAUCAUUCAGCUGUUACGUUUCAUUUGUAGGUUUACAGUAUAAACUUCACAUGGACUCAUACAGUCUGCCCCUGCUGUUUUUCACCCGGGAUGAUGAUGAUGGCUUCACGUAGUUAACAUUCUGUAGGUAUGCUAUCAGCUAUUAUGUGCUCUUUCCUGUACGUAUUUUUUUUCUUCUUCUUCAUUUAGCUACUCGGAGUAGGAGAAAUAUAGAAGCCAUUCGUAAAUGUACCACUUUGGGGAGCAAAAUUUACAUAUAAUCGAUUGUAAAACGGUUAUUAUGCCUCCGAGUUAAAAGGCGUCGACGAGGUAAGGUGUUUACCUCGCAUUGCUAUGGAAUGUUAUGCCCUUCAUUUAGUAAAUUUUUAUGAAAUGGAAAUGCAUUGACUC